AUGGCAACAUUCGGAAAAUUGACGGCCGCUCUGAUGAGUGCGUCGCAGGAGAACACUCUCGCGUUGGCUAAUCUGAACUUCGAUUUCACGCUCAUGAAGUGGGAAGCCCCUACAGAAUAUCGAGGCCUUGGGGAUUGUUUGUCGACAAAGCGCAAGCGAACCGCUGAGGAUGGUCCGUUGCAUGUUACGGCUCGGAAACUCAGUGCACUUUUUGAGUCGGAGAUUCCUCAAGUUCCGCACUUAAUCCGUGCAUAUGGGAAGCGUAGCUCAGAGAUUGCAAAGAUGCCUACUAUCAAUCCACAAGCUAGCCAGUCCACCGGCGUAUUUGCGGAUUACGUCGGUGCCGAUGGUGCAACAAUCUGGGCUACUGCAACAUCAGGCGAGGGUGCAGUUACCAUUCAUCUUCUUGCGUGUCUCUUAGCGCGCAUUUGGACACGGUCAGAAGCUGUGUCAAUAUGGAGUGAGCUUGUGGAGACACGGAAAGAGCUCCUUUAUCAAAAGACUCACUCUCACGGUUCUUCGUUUCAAAUUUCUGACGCAACCGCGUCUCGAAUCGACGUCACGAGAGAUCAGUUAGCCAGUUGGGACGCUAGCGCGCGUGACUGGAAGGCCGGUCUUAUGUAUAGGGUGCUGAUAUGGCUAUUUAGUUCCUGGUUACAAGCUGCCGAUGAGGCAAAGAGAUUGCAGCAAACACAGCUAAAGCUUGUAUUAGACAACAUCUCGAUUCCUGUUAGCACCAAGCCUAAGCUGUACGACGCCAUAAUUGAGGCAUGGAAGGUGGCCAUGUGUGCACUGGAUAAUCUCAUUCUUGGGCAGGCUCAGCGAAUCCAGAGUGGAGAGGUCCUUUUGGGCCUCUCGUCGUGGCACCUGUACCCUGAUCUAUCCGUACUGGAUGGCAAGCAGCAUCACAUCAAACAAGGCGAUCCGUUGAUUAGCUCUGGUGGAAUCGUCACGAUUGGUUUGAAAAAUCGGCCCGAACAACUCGACGAGGGAAUAUUUUGGUCUCUCCCACUGGCUCAUUUGCGAUUCUACGGUGACCCGGUCAUUGCGACUUGCCGAACGGGCCUCCGCGAAUCCCAAAUUACCUUCAAUCAAUUCCAAGCGGUUGUUCUUGGUAGUGUGUUGAGUAGCUGGAACUUCCUAGAUCCAAAUAUUGAACUCCCGUGUGAGAUAAUAAACAUUCUUGGUCGAUCAUUACCACCAGGUGCCUCGUGCGGAGACCUGGGGUGGCUAGGAAUUCUAUUCGAAACAACAAAGCUCCUGCAGAAUGCCAAGAACCCGGAGAAGGACGAGCUACACCGUCUUGUCCGUUUCGGUCAGAGGCGGUGCGCUGGUUUUAUUUCGGAUCAGAACGCAAGGCCUCCACCAGUUUUCGGCCUAGCUAACCUUGAAAAUGUGUUGUUAGCAGCCAUCGAUCGCCAGCGAGCAAAAGAAUUCCUUCACAACUGGGCAGCUGCUCGUUUUCCAAAGAACAUCUUGCAGUGUGCUGUCGUCAGAGACUGGGCAGCAAAGUACCAGAAAGCGCGAUAUAGCAAAUUAAUAGCACAAAAUGCGAGGCCAAAAAAGAGAUCCAGAGAAGGCGUGCUACAGACUAACGCUCAUGGAAUCUAUACUGAAUGGCUUUCUGACGAUGAACUCGACAGAGAUGAUGGUCGAGGAUACAACAUUGAUCAGGAUUAUGAGGAUGACCAUGGAGAAUAUUACGAAAGUCGCACACUUGAUACUAUAUUUAUUUCUCCGGAGCCAGAUGCGGCCCCCGAGGAAUUCCAGUUUCUGUGUGGAAUGGAGUCUCUCGGCAUUUAUGUUCCGACAUCAGUCCCGAUAUUAAAAGGGUUUGUUGAAGAAACACGGUUAUUGGAUUUUGAAAGGAAUGUUUUGCAUCUAAGUGAUCUUCGGGCCUGGUUCAGGAGCGGAUCGGUGGACUUUAGGGUCGUGGCACGGAAGUUACAAUCCACAACUCAAAUUCCACGAUACCAGAACUACUUCGACUCCUUGAGAGCUUUCUCCAAGGCUCACGAAAUAUAUUCUUACUUGCCCGGUGCCCGGGUGGAUCUCCGACUUACCGACCAUUCUAUGCGUUCUCAAUGGUGGAGCGCGACCACCCGCAUACAGGGCAAUAUGUCUCUUGGAAGAACAUUUAGUUGCAUUGCUUUGUUUGAAACCGGCUAUCUGGAUAUUGAUCCGGACUCAUUCAAAGAUGCCUUGGCGAUCUGUUGCGAUAAUUCGAUAUUCGUUGCAUCCCUGUUACUCCGCGACCCACUGGAAGAGGCUGCGAAUACACACGAAAAUGUUUGUCGCAUCACGGGAAAUAUUGGAAAACCUGGCUUUGCUAUCUUGAUUCCACCGUCAGAUCCCAAAAUUAAGAAAAUUGAUUAUUCCUCAUGGAAAGCCAUCGAUCAUCAACCAUUUGAUGGCCGAUUGCUUGAUAGCUUUUCAGCUUCAUCGUUACAUCUUUCACUUACUGGAUAUGAGCUAGCAUUGGAUGUCGGCCAUCGUGGGGCGCGCGAUCACGACUGCAUUUUUGUUGAGACUGCGAUAUCGCUAAUCGACAGUGGGGAAUGGAUGGCGGAUCUAGAUAUAAUAAAAGCCCAGUCAAACUGGCAAAAGGUUCAUUCCAGGGCUCAUUUGUGUGAUCAUGAUCAGAAUUACCCACCUGGCAUUAGUCUCGAUGAUCUGGGAUUCUUGACCUCGGCAGAUAAUUGGUUUGACCUUCUGGAUCGCCCUUUGUCCCAUUGCAUUGUGCGUUCCCGGGGUAAUACGAUGGCGCGACUCGCCGCUGCCAGCAUUGCGGUGCAGAAGGGAUACAAAUUCAAGAUUCUCUCAACUAAGGCUUGUUUGACAUGCGUUUCUUGGGAAAUCCAUGCCGCGAUACAGGAGGGAGAUAAUUCUAAUGAUGAGGCCGAGGGAUUGAACGACGAUCAAUCACAUGAAACUGAUCAUGAAGAGUCGCCAAUACAUGACUUCCAGCAUCUCCUCCCUUCCCUGUUUCCUGGCCUUGAAGCAGAAUCCUUCCAAUUUAAUUCUCUUGAGCCAAGAUCUUCUGAAAAUCGGCGAAUUGUUUUCAUAUGUUGA